CCACAAGGUUUCGUGGCACCUGACGAAAAUAAAAAUUAAUAAAAAAAAAUUAUAAUCAGCGAGAAGUCCAGAAGCCUCCCCUAUCCCCAAGGCCCAAAGGCAAAUGAAAAACCCAAUCCCCAAUCCCGAAUCCGCUGUCCUCAGUCCCUAAUCCCUUCUUUCCAUUUCCUCUAUUCCAAGUCCAAAUUUAGGGUUUCGAGUACCCCAACCCUACAAUAGCCCUUCCAAAUCCGACCUCUUUUUCGUUGCUUUCUCCUUCAUUUAGAUUAGGGAUUUUAAUUAAAAAUACUCCUAUUUAUUUUACAAAUCCACUGCACUUGUAGUUGUUCCUAAUUCACCGGAACUGUAAGCAAGUAAAGAGGUAAACAGCGACAAUGGCGGAGCACUUGGCCUCAAUCUUCGGAACCGAGAAGGACCGCGUGAAUUGUCCCUUCUAUUUCAAGAUUGGAGCGUGCCGGCACGGGGACAGGUGCUCACGGCUCCACAACCGGCCGACGAUCUCUCCAACUCUCCUGCUGUCGAACAUGUACCAGCGCCCGGACAUGAUCACCCCCGGAGUGGACCCCCAGGGCCAGCCUAUCGACCCCCGCAAGAUCCAGGAGCACUUUGAGGACUUCUACGAGGACAUCUUCGAGGAGCUCAGCAAGUUCGGUGAGAUCGAGAGCCUCAACGUCUGUGACAACCUCGCUGACCACAUGAUUGGAAACGUGUAUGUACAGUUCAGGGAGGAGGACCAGGCUGCAGCCGCCCUCCAGGCACUUCAAGGAAGGUUCUACUCCGGUCGGCCUAUCAUUGCGGAUUUCUCCCCAGUCACUGAUUUUCGCGAGGCCACUUGUCGGCAAUUCGAGGAGAAUAACUGUAACCGCGGGGGUUACUGUAAUUUUAUGCAUGUCAAGGUAAUUGGGAGGGAGCUAAGAAGGAAGCUGUUUGGAAGGUACCGCAGGUUCAGAGGGAGUCGGAGCAGGAGCAGGAGCGCCAGUCCACGGCACAGGCGUGAUAAGGAGUUUAGGGACCGGGACCGUGACCGUGACCGUGUUGAUUAUCGCGAUAGAAAUGGGCGAAGACCUGAUAGGCACGACAGGGACAGCGCUAGUAGGAGAAAGCAUGGGAGUCCUAGGCGAAGCAGAAGUCCUGCACCUCCUGCUAGAGAAGGGAGCGAGGAGCGGAGAGCCAGGAUUGAACAGUGGAAUCGAGAGAGGGAAGAGAAGGUGUAAGAAGAGCUUUUUAUCUACAUUUUCAUUUUGCUUUUUGGCAAUCAUUACUGUUUGCUCGAUUCAGAUCAUGUUUUAAUUAUGCUUCUGCAACUUGGAUUGAACUUUAGUCUUGAUUUGAGCGACUAGAAUGGUCUUUUUCUGGUAGUGUUAGUUUUAAAAGGUAGUACUAGUGUCUCUUUUGAAUACAUAGUUUUCUUUUCUUUUAGUUGUUGGUUACAGUUUCAUAGCUUUGGAUUAGUGAGGUUCUCAUUCCUCCUCCUUUAUUAUUUUCUAAUAAUUUCCUUAUAUUAAUCCUCUUUUUUA